CGAAAAUUUCUGGAUGGUCUGGAUCUUCAUAUAGUUAAGUACGACCCAACUCACCAUUUGGAAAAAUCUGAAGCUUGGAUUGAUGUAUGCAUUGUUAAUGACCUAGCUAGAGUACUGGUUGCGGAACAGUCCCCACAGCCAUUUCUCACAAAUCAUGAUCUUAUCUCAAUAACAUAUGAUUAUAAAGUAAAUCGACAACAACUAAAUAGCUUUGCGUACAGAAACUGGGGUUCUAUUGAUGAGAAUUUAUUGCAAGACUUAUGUAAAAAAAUUGAUAUUGAAAUUAUGCGAUCGUUAAGUUCUGUCAAUGAAAUGAACGACUAUGUACAUGAGAACCUUGGUGGAACAAUUAAUAUUGCUGCUCCGGAAAGAAUAAUACAUCCAAAGCGUAAACCAUCUCCAUGGUUUACAAGUGAAAUAAAAGAUUUAAAACAUCGUCGAGAUAAAUUAUAUCGAAUAUAUAAAAGAACUGGUUAUGCAUACAAAGAAUAUUCAAGUGUAAGACGUUUAGUGAAAAAGAGAAUUACUGAAGCAAAGAGACAACAUUUUGAUCAACAACUUAGUGCUGCAAAGAAUUCACGGGCAUUCUGUAAUGACUUAAGAAGACUAGGUUUAAUUAAAAGGAAAAAUGGUGACACGACAAAAUCUCCCAGGAAAAAAUCUCCCCGACAAAAUCUCCCCGCGACAAAAUCUCCCCGCGACAAAACCUCCCCGACAAAAUUUCCCCGUGACAACAUCUUGCCACUACACAAAAUAAUAUUGAUUAUUCCAUUGAUUUACAUUAGUUGAUAAUGUAGAAUUUCAGAUAAAAUAUUGUCAAGUGAUGACAUCUGUAGUGAGAUACAUGUAACUGAUGUGAGUUAUUUUACGCAAAUUAUAUUAAGUGUUUACAUGUACUAGAAGCGAUCGGAGAAGCAUUACAUUGUGAUUGAUAUUGCGAAAUUUAUAUUUCUAAAAUGCCAUUGGAAUUUGUGGUAUCUAACAAAGGAAAAAAAAAUUAGUGUAUGAUGGCUACCUCUACACAAACCAUAAAGAAAAUAAAAAAUCAAUAACGUGGCGUUGUUGUGAAUAUAAAUCCAAAAUACAGUGUCACAAGAUAAUACAUACUGAUUCUGAUAAACCUGAUGGAAAUGUAAUUGGAGAAAUUCCUAUUCACAAACAUGCUGGUGAUGCCGUCAAAAUUGAAAUGUGUCAUGUUAUUAAAAAAAUAAAGCAAAGGGCUAGAAAAUCCGAAGACAAGCCAGUUAAAUUGAUUUCUAAUCAAUUAAAGAAUGUUGAUUUGCCAGUAAUAGCACGUAUACCAUCAAUGAAUACUAUUUCGCGUACUGUUCAACGUUGUAGAAGACAAAAUAACCCUGAUAUUGCCAAUCCAGUGACACGUGCAGACAUCGUAUUAUCUAAUGUAUUAUGUACAACACACAAUGAAGAGCAAUUUUUACUUCAUGAUAGUGGUGGAGGUGAUAAAAGAUAUUUAAUGUUUGGAACUAAAAAAAAUCUACAAUUUCUUGCAUCGUGUGAAGAAUGGUUCUCUGAUGGAACAUUUAAGACGGUUCCCACUCUAUUUAAUCAAUUGUACACCAUUCAUGGAAUGAAAAAUGGUAAAACAUUGCCAUUGGUAUAUAUAUUAACGCCUCGGAAAAGUAAGUCAAUUUAUAAGCAAUUCCUGACAGUAUUGAAAAAUAAACUUGAGGAUGUUAGAGCUACGCGAAUGAUGGUCGAUUUCGAAAGAUCGUAUAUUAAUGCAUUUACUGAGUGUUUUCCAAAAAUUGAUAUUGCUGGUUGUUAUUUUCAUAUGACACAAUGCGUUUGGAGAAAAAUUCAACAUUACGGUUUACAAAAAAAUUAUAAUACUGAUAUAAAAUUUGCUCGUAAUGUUCGAAUGUUAUUUUCAUUGGCAUUUGUACCUGUCAAUGAUAUUACUGAUGCUUAUGAAGAACUGGUUGCUUCAGAUUGCUACGAUUUACAUAGUGAGGAAUUGAACAAUUUGGUUGAGUACUUCGAGAAGACGUGGAUUGGUAAAAAGAAUUGCAUAGGUAAGCGUAGUGAACCAUUAUUUGCAAUCAAAAUGUGGAAUUGCUACAGUGCUGUGAUUGAAGAUUUUGCUCGUACGAAUAACGUUUGUGAAGGCUGGCACAAUGGAUUUAAUGGUCGCAUUCAGAUGUGUCAUGCAAAGAUUGACAAAUUCAUUAUGGGUCUGAAGUCGGAGCAGACUAUUACUGAUGUAACAAUGACGCAAAUAAAUACUGGAUUGGAUGUGAAUCGUAAAACUCGCGCAAUAUAUCGUGAUUAUAACUUAAGAUUAAAAGCAAUUGUAUUAAAUUAUGAUUCAACUAAAAAAAUGGAAUUUUUACGUAACGUUAGUUCAUUGAUAAUUAUAAAUUGAUAAUUUCAUUAAAAAAAUUAUAUUCAAUUA